AACUUCUGAACCCAAGAAUUUGGUGGUCCUUAAGAGAAAUGGUAAAGGGAGAGUGGGGCAAUUUGAUAACUGUGAAUGGCACUAGAAUUAUUCCUGCCUGAUGGUAUAGGCACAGCUGUGCUCCCAAAUCGUAAGUGUUUGAAAGAGGGCAAAUCAAUAAAAAAAAUUAAAGUAUACACUUAUUGUGGGAAUGCAUUAUCUAGCAUGAAUAUGCACAUGUCUAAAUGUUUUAAUGUUUUCUUUUUUCAUGCCUAUGGAGAAAUAGAAGACUGCAAAUGGAGCUGUAUGAAACCCUUGGAAAAGUGGGAGAGGGAAGCUAUGGAACAGUCAUGAAGUGUAGACACAAGGACACUGGCAAGAUAGUAGCCAUUAAGAUAUUUUGUGAGAAUCCAGAUAAAUCUGUCAACAAAAUUGCAACAAGAGAAAUUAAGUUUCUUAAGCAAUUUCGUCAUGAAAACCUGGUCAAUCUGAUUGAAGUUUUUAAACAGAAAAGGAAAAUUCAUUUAGUGUUUGAAUUUAUUGACCAUACAGUAUUAGAUGAGUUACAACAUUAUUGUCAUGGACUAGAGAGUAAACGACUUAGAAAAUACCUCUUCCAGAUCCUUCGAGCAAUUGAAUAUCUUCACAAUAAUAAUGUUAUUCAUCGAGAUAUAAAGCCCGAGAAUAUUUUAGUAUCUCAAUCAGGAAUUACUAAGCUCUGUGAUUUUGGUUUUGCACGAACACUAGCAGCUCCUGGGGACAUUUAUACAGACUAUGUGGCCACACGAUGGUACAGAGCUCCAGAAUUAGUAUUAAAAGAUACCUCUUAUGGAAAACCUGUAGAUAUCUGGGCUUUGGGCUGUAUGAUUAUCGAGAUGGCCACUGGAAAUCCCUAUCUUCCUUGUAGCUCUGAUUUGGAUUUACUUCAUAAAAUUGUUUUAAAAGUAGGCAAUUUGACACUUCACCUGCAAAAUAUCUUUUCCAAGAGUCCUUUUUUUGCUGGAGUGGUCCUUCCUCAAGUUCAACACCACAAAAAUGCCAGGAAAAAGUACCCAAAGCUAAAUGGAUUGUUAGCAGAUAUAGUUCACGCUUGUUUACAAAUUGAUCCAGCUGAGAGAAUUUCAUCUACUGAUCUUUUGCAUCAUGAGUAUUUUACUAGAGAUGGAUUUGUCGAAAAAUUCAUCCCAGAACUGAAAGCUAAGAUAGUACAAGAAGCAAAAGUCAAUUCAUUUGUAAAGCCAAAGGAGAAUUCUAAAGAAAAUGAAUUUAUAAAAGAUGAAAGAAAAUCCUUUUAUACCCAUACACUGCUGACGACUUCAGAUAUGGGAAAGGAAAUGGAGAAAGAAAAAAGGUCCAAGGAUGUGAAAGUCAGAGUUUUUAAAGUCAAAGGAGUUAAAGGAGAUACUUUAGGACCAAAAAAGGUAGAGUGUGAAGGUGGACAUAGUCAACAGAAUGCAAUGGAAGGCGUUCAUACUAUGUCUCAAGAUACAAAACCUGUAAUUAAUGCACCACCAAAACGUGUCAAUCCCAUCAAUAACUCAACUGGCAUAAAAUAUGAUCUGCGUGCUGGAGCUAGCAUGGUGAUGCCUCCUAUCAAAAAAGCUGGGAGUCAUUUAACAACUUCAAAUACCAAUGUAAAUGUCUCCCACUCUAACUUAAGAUUAACUGAAAGAACAAAAAAGAGAUGUACCUCUUCACAGCCUAUUGUAGAAGUUACAUCCAAUAGCCAGCAAGAGGAUACAAUUCUCACACAAAGCCAAGUGGAAAAGGGUGUAUUUAAUGAGAGAACAGGUCAAAGUGACCAAAUGGCAAGUGGGAGCAAAAGAAACCCAAAUUUCUUCAGGUCUGAACAAAAAGAAUUCCAUUUCCCAGAAUUGCCUUUCAUAAUACAGUCAAAGGAGACUAAAGAAAUGGAAGUUUAA